GCACGGCACACGAGGAGCGCACGGACACUCUGCCUCACAAACACACUGCGAUAUUCAUCAAAGUCCCUUUUCUUAAGUCGUGAAAUAAGACUCACUUUGUGUUGAUUUUGUUUGUAGCAUGUGACGGAUUUUUUAAAAACUCAAUUUACCUGGUUUUGUUGCAAGAGGACGCGGAAUGGAGACGUUUACAAUCCACGACAUGCUGGUCAAUUCUACCGAUCUGAAUAAGAUUUUGUGUAAUUUGGGAAUUAAGAAUAUUUCAGAUUGUGAGAGCGAGGAAGUCCCUUCACCCGAACCUAAAGACAUCAACCAGACGGUGCGGAUUGUGCUCUACAGCCUGAUCUUCCUCUUGAGUGUGGUCGGCAAUAGCAUGAUCAUCGCCGUUCUGGUGAGGAAUCGGCGCAUGCGGACCGUCACCAACUUGUUCCUGCUGUCUCUGGCUGUGAGCGACCUGAUGGUGUCCCUGGUCUGCAUCCCCUUCACCCUCAUCCCCAACCUCAUGAGGGACUUCAUCUUCGGCACCGGCAUCUGCAAACUCGUCAUGUACUUUAUGGGUGUGUCUGUUAGCGUGUCCACAUUCAACCUAGUGGCCAUUUCUCUGGAGCGUUAUAGUGCCAUUUGCAACCCUCUCACCUCUCGGACGUGGCAGACCAAAUCCCACGCGGCGAAGGUAAUUACGGCAACUUGGGUGGCGUCCUUCAUCUUGAUGUUGCCGUACCCCAUCUCCAGCACGCUCAAGCCCUUCACGCGCCUCAACAACAGCACCGGGCACAUGUGUCGCCUGGUCUGGCCCAAUGAUAUCACCCAGCAGUCAUGGUAUUUGUCCCUGCUGCUCAUCCUCUUCCUCUUCCCAGGCAUAGUUAUGAUGACUGCGUACGGCCUCAUCUCUGUGGAGCUCUACAGAGGAAUCAAAUUCGAGCUGUCGAGCAGAAAGGCCAGUCGGGACCGCCAAUCCAGCAGUGGCAGCAUCAAACCAGGCGACAGCGACGGCUGCUACCUGCAACCCCCCAACAAGAAGAAGAGUUCCACACACUUCUCCAGCUCCAAGUCUGUGGUUGGCCGAGUGUGCAGCACCAGCCCCACAGCCAACCUCAUGGCGAAGAAACGCGUCAUCCGAAUGCUCUUGGUCAUUGUGUUCCUGUUCUUCGUCUGCUGGACCCCCGUGUUUGUCGUCAACGCCUGGCAAGCUUUCGACCGCCGCUCGGCCUACCAGCUGACGGGUGCCCCCAUCUCCUUCAUCCACCUUCUGUCCUACACCUCAGCCUGCGUCAACCCCAUUAUCUAUUGCUUCAUGAACAAGAGGUUUCGCCAAGGCAUGCUCUCCACCUUUAGCUGCUGCACGAAGAAACAAGGGGGCGGGUCUCUUGGGAGGUCUGCCGGGACAGUUAAAGGAGAGGGGACAAUUCGGGCAAAAGCAGAGCAAAAUGGUCACACGCAACCAAGUGGGGCCAGCACAAAGUUUACAUACACCGGGGUUCGAACGUCGACCUGGAAUGAGAUGACUUAAAGCAUUUUAUUCAUGCAACAAAUGACAUUUAAGUGAGGGCGUUACGCAUAAGAUUGUAUACGCCUUGUGAAGGACAGGCAUCUCAAGACAGAAAAAAUGAAAAGUUGUGUAAAAGUGUCUAGAAACUGUGGUGUUUACUUAAAGGGAUUACAGAAACAGGAUGUUGUUCAUGUAAGCAGCUACAAAAUGAAUGUCGUCUCAGUGGGUCCAAAACUCAAGUUUAGCAUUGUCAGCAGUUUAGAACUUCAGAUAGCAAAACCAGUAAGACCAUUUUUUUCUUUUCUUCUUUUUAGUAAUGUUCGGAAAAUAUGAAAAUUUGAAUUUUGUUUUAUUGGCAUAAUUUAUAGUAAUUGGCCAGUAUGAGAGCACUUAUAUACAGAUUUAUUUUUUUAUUUUAAUGUUGAUUCUCUUGGUAUUACUACUAUUACUUGUUCACAAUCCCAUUAUUUGGUCCAUGAGAUUUUUACUUAAUAGUUUUAUCCAGUACAGGAUGCAUUCAUGUUUUAGAAUUUGAUGUCAUAAUCUCAGAUGGAGCGCAAGGGUCUACAUAACUUUUAAAAGACAUAUCCAAACUUACGUAUGAUCCCGAAAAUUUUAAUCUUUAUCUAUCUAUUAUCUAUAAUUAUCUGAUUGAGGCUGAUUCCGCAAACUUACCAUAUUAAUCUUGAGGUUGAACAGUUGCACCACUUCUGCCCUGUCCUCCUGCUCCAUUUUAAACUAUUCAGAUUCUAUCAUCCGUUGUAAUGUCGAAUGACCCCCUUCUGGCUAAAACUUUUUAUGUUAAAGCAUAAAUGUCUUUGGAAAAUGUUUCUUAUUAUGUUGAUUACACAAAGUUUCAAUAUAAUCCUGGAUAGAAGAUGAGUUUUGAGCAUGGAGUGGCCCAGUGUCAGAUGUUAUACAGUAAGUCUCAAGUCAUGUUUCCUGAAGGCAUUUGGUCAUCCCAUUACUCACUUCAAAACAAGUGCAUCUGGAGUUCAGCGGUUGCCCUUGACCUUAUGUGUUGUGUUUGUGUUACGGGAAAUUGAAGUAGCCUUAUCUUGUGGGACUCAAAACACCUGUGCGCUCUACUUGAGCAAAUUCUCGGCAUUACUAUCUGAUUUCCACCUACUGGAGUUUAAAAAUUGCAGCAUAAAUGUAGCAACCAUGUUUUGUUUUUUUAUUUUCUUACUCGCUGAAAGUCGUUCUAUUUUAAUGUGUUCAGUGGAUUCUUCUAUAAAGUUUGUGCAUGUGCCUAUUGCUAUGUAUUAAACCUGCAGGCAAUGUGGGAUAGAAGUGACAUGACGGCAAACGAUAAACUCAUGUCAUCUCGUCUUGAAUGUAAAACAAUAGUAGCCAUUUUAAUGCUUUUUGUAAACGUCUUAAUGGAUUUGUGUUCAUGGUACAGGUAUAUAGCCUUAACAAGUGAAUAUAUUUAAAAAUUCCUUGGAUCUAGUGUGUGCCUAUGUGAACUUUUAAAGGGAUAGCACAUUAUUAUUUUAUAUUUGUAAAAUAUAUGUCAGGUUUUUUUUUCAUUGGAAAGGAAAGGGGGAAAAAAAUAACACCCAAGGCAUUGAUUCUGGUAUAUUGUAUAGACUAGAACCUGGAUGGCUAGUUGAAGGGUAAAGGGCAUUAAACCUAUCUAUCACAUCUUUAUUCAAUGAUGUGUUUUUAUUGUUCAAAAAAUCUUUAAAAACUCAAACUGAGUGGAAUCAUCUCUCCACAGAUGUGCCCUUGAACGUUCUGCAGUAUGGCAUUGUGGCUUUAAUUCCUUCUUGAUUACCUUGGGAUAAGAAUUUAACAUUUUCCAACUUAAAAAUAAUGUCUGAAAAAUGCUUUGUUCCCAGUGAAGUAUUGGAGGUCCUUCUGCUGUCGGCAAUGGGAAUGAACAAUGAGAAAAUAAACAAAAUAAGUUCAUAGGCCUUGUGAAUGCCAAGCUAAUAGAAUUACACGUUCACUGUGAACAUAAUUUGACUGUAGAACAAGUCCGGUGAUGGUUUAUAGGCUUAAUAACUGAUUUUUACCUGUGAUGCUACAAUCCAAGCAAAAUGCAAGGAGAGCAUUUUUGACAGCUCAGAAAAGUUCACUCUGGAUUAGUGGUUUAAUGAAGCAUGAAUUAAGCAGAAUACAACUCCAGGUAUACACAGGGGACAACAAUAAAACAUGGUUAAAAGCUCAAAAAAGUGUAUAUAUAUUGCAUAUGUGUAAACUCAAGAGCUUAAAAGCGGGUGGCAGACUACACCUGAAAAUUUACAUUGUGCACCUUUUGUGGCAGAUUAGCGUUAGCAUUAGAUUAAGUGUUCAGAAAAAGAUUUUUGGCAUCAUGGUAUAACCUUAUCAGUGACUUGUGAAAGACUGACCUAUCCCUUUAAAAUACUCAACUGAA